AUGCCCCCAGGCCUCUGGGAGAGACGCUGCUGGGUGUGGGGGCUCCUUCUGUGGCUCAGUGUUGGAAAUGCAGGAGAUGCACCUCCUACCCAACAGCCAAAGUGCACUGACUUCCAGAAUGCCAAUCUCCUCCGAGGCACCAAUCUCAAAGUCCAGUUUCUCCUCUUCACCCCUUCGGAUCCUAGCUGCGGGCAGCUAGUUGAAGAAAGCAGUGACAUCCAAAACUCUGGGUUCAAUGUCACUCUGGGAACCAAACUAAUUAUCCAUGGAUUCAGGGCUUUAGGAACAAAGCCUUCCUGGAUUGGUAAAUUCAUUGGCGCCCUUCUGCGGGCAGUGGAUGCUAACGUGAUUGCUGUGGACUGGGUUUAUGGCUCCUCAGGGGCCUACUUCUCAGCCGUGGAAAACGUGGUCAAGCUGGGACUCGAGAUCUCCCGUUUCCUCAGGAAACUCCUGGUGCUGGGCGUAUCGGAGUCCUCAAUCCACAUCCUUGGUGUUAGCCUGGGGGCCCACGUUGGGGGCAUGGUGGGACAUUUCUACAAAGGCCAAUUGGGACGGAUCACAGGCUUGGACCCUGCUGGACCGGAGUACACCAGAGCCAGCCUGGAGGAGCGCCUGGACGCUGGAGACGCCCUCUUUGUGGAAGCCAUCCACACAGACACGGACAAUUUGGGUAUUCGGAUUCCUGUUGGACAUGUGGACUACUUCGUCAACGGAGGCCAAGACCAACCUGGCUGUCCCAGCUUCAUUCAUGCAGGCUACAGUUACCUGAUUUGUGAUCACAUGAGGGCUGUGCACCUCUACAUCAGUGCCCUGGAGAAUUCCUGUCCGUUGAUGGCCUUUCCCUGUGCCAGCUACAAGGCCUUUCUGGCUGGGCACUGUCUGGAUUGUUUUAACCCUUUUCUGCUUUCCUGUCCAAGGAUAGGGCUGGUGGAACAAGAUGGUGUCAAGAUAGAGCCGCUUCCCAAAGAAGUGAGAGUCUACCUCCUGACCUCUUCCAAGGCUCCAUACUGUGUGCAUCACAGCUUCGUGGAGUUUUACUUGCAGGAGCCGAGAAAAAAGGACACCAGCAUUGCAGUCACCUUCCUCAGCGGCAAUGUCACCUCCUCGGUCAAGAUCACCAUACCUAGACAGCAACUCCAAGGGAAAGGAGUCAUAGCUCACCCCAACCCUCAGUGCCAGAUCAACCAAGUGAAACUCAAGCUUCAGGCUUCCAACCGAGUUUGGAAAAAAGAUCGGACUACCAUUGUUGGGACGUUCUGCACUGCCCCGUUGCCAGUCCAUGACAAUAAAAAGAUGGUCUGCUUACCUGAGCCAGUGAACUUACAAGCAAGUGUGACUGUAUCUCAUGACCUGAAAAUAACGUGUGUAUAGUACAAGCCUGGGCAGGACACAUCUCCCUGGAUUUCAGAGCGGGGGGAGUUUAACUUAUUCUAGGCUAUUUUUACCAAGAAGUUACAAAAUUCUUGGUUAUUUUCCACAUAAUUAGCCACCUUAGAGGGGAAAGAGAGCUCAUUUUACAGAGUUUUGUCUCCAUUGCCAAUUUGAAGAGGCUUACAAAGAUAACAUUUCAGCUUUUUUAUUCAUAUUUAACUGCAAUUGCCCCAUAUCCUUGGGCAUCUGUAUGUAGGAUUCAAUAGAAACAUAUACAGGGAAAAUGCUUUUUUAAAAAGAA